AUGGCAAAUAAAAUUUCCACAGAAUUAUUGAUUAUGAUUUUAAAUAAUGUUCGAUCACAAGAUUUACACUCGUCAUCAUUAGUUAAUCGAAAUUGGUGCAAGGUUGCUAUACCUAUUCUUUGGGAAUUACCUUUGGGUCAAGAAUGGAGUAAAUCUGAUGAGACGUUGAGGAAGAAAGCAUUAUGUAUUCGAACUUAUUUAUCAUGUAUGGAUAUUCAAGCUAGAACAUUUCUUACUCAAUUUGGAUUCGAUUUAUCAUCGUCACCACCUCAAGUCACUUUUGAUUAUCCAUCAUUCACUCGUAAAUUAAUAAUUAGUAAUUUACUUUAUUUUAUUUCCAUAUAUUCACCACAAAUUAUUUCACAAAAAAUUAUUGAUUCAGAUCAAGACAAUUAUAACGAUAUUAAUAAUAAGAACGAAUCAAGUAAAUUAUUUCGUGAGAUAUGUAAAUUAAUAAUAAAUCGCUGCUCAUUUCUGAAUUAUUUUAAAUUGGCGAGCGUUCCGAUAAAUCUUUCUAGAAAUUUUGAUAAUUAUUAUGAUUUAUUCGGUUCAAUUCUUAAGUUACCUUGUGCCCAGAAAGCAUUUGAGAAAUUAGAAACGUUUGCUUCGGUGACGUUAAAUGAUGAACCGGUUACAAAACUUAUUAGCGUUCAAAAACGGUUAGAAAAUCUAUCAAUUAAUGCUUCUCAUCACCUAGAUUGUGAUUCAUUACCGUGGGCUAUAAUUAGUCAAAAAGGAACAUUAAAGAGUCUUCGGUUAAAAUCAAUGAGUUUUAAUUAUUUCAAAGGGAAACCAUCAGCAAUUGGGCAAUUUAUUUCACUUCAAAAACUUUAUAUUGAAAAUUGUCAUGGAUUGUGUUUAUCCUUGGCUUCAUCGUUUACACAAUUAAAUAGUUUUCAUUAUUUUCAUUCGAGUAAUUUAUUUGAUAUGUAUCCUCAAGAAUUUGUUAUAAAAAUUCUCGAAACGGCCAAUACAAAUUUAAAAAAUAUUUGUCUAGAAUUUUAUCCAACUAUUACAUUUAAUACAUUAUCAGCAAUUUUAAAUUAUUCCGAAAGUGUACCGGGAUCACUUGAAACUAUUGAAAUUAGAAUGGGAUCAUUUAGUGCUGAUAGUUUAAGAAAAUUUUUUGAAAGAUGGUGUUGUAAAGGAAGAGGAGGAAAUAAAAAGUUUAUUUUAAAACGUACAGAACUAGCGCAACUAUUUACACUAAGUGAUGAACAUUUUAAAGUUAUUGAAGAAUAUGGAGUUCAAUUUGAUAUGGAAGAAUAA